UUUAGGAUUUUCACAGAGAUUAAUGGUCGACCAUACGGAACAGUUGCCACGUAUGAGUGUGAUGAUGAAACUUUAUUAGGAGAAGCUACAAGGACUUGUGAGGUUGGAGUGUAGUCAGGAAGUGUACCAAACUGCGGGAUGGUGUCUGAAUGUCUGACACUGGCACCUAUUCCAAAUGGAGCUAUUACAUAUGAUCCCGAUAUGACCGCUGCUUUUGAAGUGGAUACAGUGGCUACUCAUAGAUGUGAUGAUGGUUUCAUUCUAGUGGUCGGAUCUGAGACUCGAGUGUGUUUAAAUACAGGGAUAUGGUCUGGCCUGAUUCCUGUGUGCGGAGCAAAGCUAUGUCCAGAAUUGCCAAGCUUUCCAAACGGAGCUAUUACAUAUUUUCCUGAUUUUAUUCCUGAUUUUAAUGACGGAACAGUUGCUACAUAUAGAUGUAAUCCUGGUUUCUUUCUGGUCGGAAUUGCAACUCGAACGUGUUCAACCUCAAGUACUUGGGCUGGCCAGCCUCCUGUGUGCCAACAGGUGGAAUGUCCAGCACUAGAACCCAUUUCAAACGGAGUUAUUAUAUAUACUCCGGAUAUAAUGGCUGAUUAUGAUAUGGGAACAUUGGCUUUAUAUAGUUGUGAUUUUGGUUUCAUUCUGGUUGGAUCUGAGAGUCGACUGUGUGUAAGUGGAGGGAUAUGGGCUGGCCAGCCUCCUGAGUGCCAAUCUGAAUGUCCAGCACUGGCACCCAUUCCAAACGGAGUUAUUACAUAUGGUCCUGAUAUGACUGCCGAUUUUAAUGUGGAUACAAUAGCUACUCAUAGCUGUGAUGCUGGUUUUCGUUUGGCCGGAUUUGAGACUCGAGUGUGUUUACCCUCAGGGACAUGGUCUCGUCUGAUUCCUAUGUGCCUCGCGGUGGAAUGUCCAGCACUGGCACCCAUUCCAAACGGAGUUAUUACAUAUGGCCCUGAUAUGACUGCCGAUUUUAAUGUGGAUACAAUAGCUACUCAUAGCUGUGAUGCUGGUUUUCGUUUGGCCGGAUUUGAGACUCGAGUGUGUUUACCCUCAGGGACAUGGUCUCGUCCGAUUCCUAUGUGCCUCGGUCCAUGUGACAAUCUUCCACCGUUAUUCAACGGAAUGAUCACCUACAAUACUUCCCAAGGACUUCAUAAUACUGUUGCCAUAUACACUUGUAAUGAUGGGUUCACACUUCUUGGAAGUCACCUAAGAAUCUGUGGGGAGGGAGUGUGGGAGGAAGCUAGCCCUUCAUGCUUACAAGAUGCUGCAGUGAUAACUUCAAAUGGUGCUCCAAUGGUUGGACAGAGCUUCUCCUUAUUAUGCACUGUGACUGAGACUGACUCACUUCAUCUCACCAUUUCCUACUACUGGUUCAGAGGACAACUGCCACUUACUACUACUUUUGGUAUUCUCACCUUUGACACAUUGUUCCUGUCAGACGCUGGACUGUACAGAUGUAAGGUCACUGUGAGCUCUGAUGAGCACCAAAUUACUGUUAACUCAAGCUAUGACAUUGAUUUCAAGAGUCUUCACAUCCAGCUGCGACUCAUUAUCAGUUCUAAUUGUGGAGCAUACACUCAGUCAGAAACAGCUGUUAAAACCAGCGACAUCACUAAUGAAUUUUCCCACAGUGUCGAUGAACUUUGUCAAUGUGGUUUCAACACCUCUCUUAUCUCAAGACCAUUUAUCCGCUGCUUUGAGAACUCUCCAAAUCAUGUGACAUACAGAGCAGUUCUGAGCAGUAGUGAAACGAUCUCGGCUCUCAUGAUUUUCUCCUUCAUUGAUCGAUGGAGCAAAGAGACUCCCAGCAUCAUUGUGCAGAGUGCAGGACUUCGCAUCAACAGUACUUGUCCGGUGAUUAUUGCCAAUCCUGAUGGUCCCGAAUGCCCUGAGGAUCUCACUAAUCGCACGUUGAUAAUAACAAUAAACACAGAUAAUACUCCACUUUUGAGUGUUGAUGUUGUGAUUGGCAUUGUGAUUGGUUCAUUGGCUCUUAUACUUGCUCUAUUGUUGGUCGUCAUUUUGCUGGUUUUUCUGAGAUAUCGGAGAUAUAAAUCAAAAACCUUGGGUAUCAACGUGAGGCCUGAAAUUGUUCUGGAUGAGCUUCCUCACCACGACUAUGAUUACAUCAGCACAUUCCAAGAGGCAAACUUGACUGGAAACCCUCAACCCUCUACAGCAGGGGACGAUACUUCUGAGAUGAAGUUUGAAUUAAAGCCCUGCGAUGCUUAUGGGCCUGGAAACCCUCAAUUACCCUCUACAGCAGGGGACAAUGCUUCCGAGAUGAAAUUUGAAUUAACACCCUGUGAUGCUUAUGGCCCUGUGACAGUCCCCACCCACGUUGACAGUUAAAGUUAGAUUGCAUAGUCUUAUAGCUAGCUGAACAGAAUUAUACAGAGUAUCAAAACCGUAAGCGCUAUUGGUAUAGUAAUGACCUUCAAUGUUUCUCCUCACAAUAAUUAUAUGUUUUGUAGUUUUUCUAUACACUAACAUGGCACUAAUAAUAUUUUC